AUGUGGAAGCAGACAGUCGGCGACUGGCAGGAGCGGCGGCAGCGGCGUCGCGGGGGGCCAAUCCCUGAAUCUCCUCAAGCUAACGUGCCCGACUCUGCCGAUGCCACGGAGAGCAUCCUGCGAGGCUUUCUGCCGCGCGAGUUCCACGAUCAUGUGCCGCAGUCCGCGUACCCGGCAUCCGAUGGACCUGAGACUCGCCCGCAGCCGUCACAGUACACACGACUGGAGCAGCAGACGCUGGGCCGCUUCAUUGCCUCGACGUGGGUUGUUGUGAGUGGGGUACCGGCUGAUGACAUCCUUGAUGUGCGCGAGUACUUCGACGCCUACGUCGGGCGCACCGUGGCGCACCACCUGUCCCUCACCACAUCUACGCGGUCGGAGGUGUACAUUCAGUUUGCGUCCCCGCUGCAAGCGGCGCAGGCGGUGCGCACCUCGUCGUACAGCUUCAACGUAGAGAAGGGGACGGCCGCAGAGAGUCUACGCUCUUUCCCAAACGCAAGCGGCAUGCCAGAGAAGCCGCCGCGCAGUCUUGAGCUGGCUGUUGGUUGGUGUAGAGAUCAGAUAUUUCUUGAAUGGCGCGAGCGUCUGCACCGUCAGCUACUAGAGGCGCGGCCACGGGGCCGGGGUGGUGCGUCUUUGGAGCCAGUGUCGUCCGUGGGGAAGGCACUGCACGCGAGCGAGCUGCCGAGCCCACGCUCGUCUACGCCGCCGUCGCUCGAGUCUUCCGCCCGUGGUUCUGAUGCAGCCGCCGCGACCGGUGGCGACGAUGAGGACGCUGCCGCGCAUCCGCUGCUGCCCCGUCAUCGCGGACGGCCAUCAGGAGCUCGAUCGGUCAGCCAUCCCUCUACGACAGCAGAGACGUCACGAUCCCGCUUUUUGGCGUCCGUCUCUGCGCGGACGGGCGACGCUGCGUCGGGUAACUCAACCGCCGCGGCGCAUCCGCUGAUGUCGGGCUCGAAAGACUACGGCCAUUACAAUGGGGCUUACCACUGCGAAGGCAGCUUCUUUUCCGACAGCCUCCACAGCAGCUUCAACGGCGCUGGCCGGCAGCACACAACGCUGCUCAGUCUUUUCUUUCACCCGUGCUCGUCCUCGCCCAGCGCGCGUUGGGCGCGUUUUCUCUACUACCCUCUCCGAUUCCUGGUUCUCCUGUCAUGGACCUUGUGGAAUAUGCUGGCGCAGCUCCUACCAUCUCGAUCGGCCGUUCUCUUGAAGGGGAGACCGGCAAGUCGGCGCCAGCCCGAGGCCGCCGCGCCUGGUGGGGUCACCCCUGCCGCGGCCACGCAACCGCUGUCGCCACCGAGGGUAAUACCGCAGACGUUACGGUGGAAGCUGCGUCGAUCGCUGCGUGCCGCCGACGUGGUACCGGCCUCCGCGUCACCGUUCGAGUACAUGUCAUUUCUCUUGUACAAGUACAUCCCGUUUGCACCGGAGCCGGAGGACGUUGAUGUGGCCCUGUGGAGUUGGCUCGUCCUGCAUAAUCCGUACCCGCAGCAAAGUCUUCGACAGCUGAAGCAGAGUCUACUGGUGCGGCAGCGGGUCGUGAGCGCCAUGCCGGGACGUCAAGCCGAUGGUGGUCUCGACGUCGCCGCUGCGGACAUGACGCAGUGGGCAGGCUUCGAGAAGGUAGGCGUCAUGGGUGGGGAGCGGCCCACCGGGUGGGAAGCGCAGCAGCCGGUGGAGUGCCGUCAAGAGCUACCGGUGCUGCUGGCGUGGAGACCUGCAUGGUGGUUCGCGCGCUACUCCUCCCUCUCUCUUUUUAUGUUCGUCGUGCUAGUCUACUGGUACGCGUAG